GGAGAGCAGCAUAAGACCCACAGACGGUCUAAUAAUGUGCAGUCUGCUGACACUGGAUGACUGGAAACAGCAGAGAUGAAGGAGCUAUGGAUUAUGGUUGUCUUUGCUACAGUCUCUUUUCCACAGGGGGAUCUCAUCACAUCCUCUGCCAUUCCAACCACCAUUGAAAUAACUAUCCCAACUACUGAUGACCCUAUAACCCCUGACCCUUCAGCUACUGACACUCCAACUACCGAAUACCUAACUACUACUGGUCUUUCAACUACUGGUUACCCUACCUCUAUCCCUAUCACCAGUACCAGUCUCUCUACCACCACAACCCCUCCUCUGGUCUGUAUCAACAGUGGUGAGCUGCAGAGUGGCGUCUGUAUCUGUCCUGAUGAGUGGACCGGAGAGACCUGUUCAGAGGGGAAUUUCUGCAAUUCCACCAUCAUUGGUCAUUUCUCCUACCCAAGAACAACGGUUGGCUGGUCUGCUUAUUCAAAAGAGUUGUGUGAUGAGAAGACAACCAGUGCUGGUUUAUCAAGAGCCUCAGCAAGAUGUUUGAAUGACACUGGCUCUCCGAUGUUUGGUCCUCCUCAUGAACUGCAGUGUGAAUUUACCCUCGGUGACAUUCAAGGAAAUAUCUCCAGCAGUUCAGGUGAUUUACUACAGUUAGCCUUCAGUACUCAGAUCCUGACCUCCCAACCAGAGCAGCUGUCAGCUGACAACAUCACCACAGCAGCUCAGAUAGCUAACACACUGCUUCAGUCUGCAAAUAUCACAGAGGACAUCGCAGUGGCAGCUGUAACCACCAUCAGUCAGCUGCUCAAUGCCAGUGAGGAGAGUACACAGGAGAGAGACGCUGUCCAAAACCUCACAGAGACCCUGGAGAAGUUUUCCCUGGACCAGAGCAAUAAUGUGUCCUUGGUGGUUCAGCCCAACCUGGCAGUCCAGUCUGUCCAAGUAGCAAGUGACUCAGUAGGGAUCCAGUUUACUGCUCUGACUGGAAGAUCUGGUAAUUUUGUGGCCAACAGAAUUCAUCUCAACACCAAUACCUCUGAACUGAUAGUUGACAAAGGAGGUUCUACCGAUGUCCAGAUUGUUAUCAAAUUCCCACCAGUUUUACGUAGUAAAAACACAAACAACUCCAUUGGUUUUGUGCUCUACCAAAACGACCGGUUCUUCAAGUCCAGGGCUUUCAGUGCUUCUUCAGGGACCAGCAGAAGGGUCAUCUCUGCUAACCUGGGACAAGUGUCUGGGUUACAUGUUGAGAUGCUCUUCAAGCCCACAACUGUUCCCAACACCUCCCUCUAUGACUUUGCCUGCGUGUCAUGGAACUACACUUUGAAAGACUGGAGCACCUUUGGCUGCUACAAAGUCAACCACUCAGCAGACGGCCUGCGAUGUUUCUGUAAUCACACCACUAACUUUGCUGUGCUGAUGUCAUUCAGGAGGGAUUAUAAAUACGCUGAAGUGCUAAACUGGAUCACCACAUUGGGAUGUUCCAUGUCCAUCAUAGGGUUGAGUUUAACAAUAACAUUCCAGAUGGUGACCAGGAAAUCACGCAAAACCAACCCAACGGUCCUCUUAGUGAGCGUCUGCGUGUGUCUCCUGAUCUUCACCCUCCUCUUCAUGUUGGGAGUGGACAACCCUCAUAAACAGCUGGGCGAACCUAAAAUACAGGAGGACAACAUUCUCCCCCCAUCCGACACACACACAGAGCAGGACAGAGGGCCCUGUACUGCAGUGGCAGUCCUGCUGCAGUACUUCCUGUUGGGGACGUUCACCUGGAACACGCUGUACGCCACACAUGUCUUCCUGAUGAUCAGAAAUAGCCUGGCCACCAGCCCGUCACACUUCACAGCCUAUACCGUGGCCAUCGGAUGGGGUCUGCCUGCAGUUGUGGUGGCCCUCACCUUAGGAAUUAGUUACAGAGUGGAUGAUCCACUGGGUUACAGGCAGGAGGAAUUUUGCUGGCUUGCUGCCCUCGAUCCAAAGGGGAACUUUGACUUCAAGCUGCCAAUGUUUUGGGGGUUCCUGGUCCCUGUGGCGUUCAUGCUUAUCUUCAACACAGUGGUGUUGGUAUGUUUUGUAGUUACAACAGCCAAGACCAACCCACAUUUAACCAGUACAAGACACACAUCGAUGAAGAAGAAGUUCCUCAGUAGCUUUUCUCUGGCUGUGGUGCUCGGUCUCUCCUGGAUCCUGGGCUAUCUGUUGCUCAUUACACAGAACCAGACCAUGUACACCAUACUCAACAUCUCCUUCUGUGUUCUCACCACCACUCAGGGUUUGCAGAUUUUCAUUCUGUUCACCGCAAGAACAUCAAUUGUCAAGAAAAUGAUGGCAGAUGCUUUGAAAUCUGUCUCUAGUGUUGAGAUCCCACGUCACACCAAGAGAUUCAGUCUAUGGCGAGGCAAGCGCAGAGAAAAGGUUGAAUCAUACACACAGCUGGACACUAUUCUGUCAACACAUUAACACCUUAACUGCCACAGAAAAAGUAUUUUCCUGAAAAAAAUUGUAUUGAACCUUAAACUAGUUAGGGAUAGGCGGGACGCAAAUGUCUCAACUGGCCAAUUGCCAGGGAAAAUGCAGAGCGCCAGAUUCAAAUAAAAUACUAUAAAAUUCAAACUUUCAUUAAAUCACACAUGUAAGAUUCUUAAUUAAAGCUACACUCGUUGUGAAUCCAGCCAACGUGUCAGAUUUUAAAAAUGCUUUUCGGCGAAAGCAUAAGAAGCUAUUAUCUGAUAGCCUGCACCAUCUGCACCAGCAGUAAACAAAGGGGUUAGCAUAUUUCAACCUUGCAGGCGCUUCACAAAACCCUGAAAUAAAAUAUAAAACAUGCAUUACCUUUGACGAGCUUCUUUUGUUGGCACUCCAAUAUGUCCCAUAAACAUCACAAUUGGUCCUUUUGUUCGAUUAUUUCUGUCCAUAUAUAUCCAAAAUUUCCAUUUAUAAAGCGUGUUUGAUCCAGAAAAAAACAGCUUACAAAAAACGCAACGUCACUACAAAAUAUUUCAAAAGUUGCCUAUAAAAUAUUUCAAACUACUUUUGUAAUAAUACUUUAGGUAUUUUUAAACGUUAAUAAUUGAUCAAAUUGUAGACUGGGCAAUCUGUGUUCAAUACAGGAAUGAAAACAAACCAGCGCCACAUUUCACAUCUUGCGCAACUCACAAAAGUGUACCCAGUUCCUAGUUGGCCUACUUCUUCAUUGCACAAAGGAAUAACCUCAACCAAAUUCCAAAGACUGGUGACAUCCAGUGGUGGUGGAAGCUGUAGGAACUGAAAACAGGUUCCUAAGAAAUAUACCUUGGCAAUAACAAGUCAGGGAACAGAGAGAGGCAAAACAAGCAAAAUUCUGAACAGUUAGUCCUCGGGGUUUUGCCUGCUAAAUAAGUUCUGUUAUACUCACAGACAUCAUUCAAACAGUUUUAGAAACUUCAGAGUGUUUUCUAUCCAAAUCUAUGAAUAAUAUGCAUAUCUUAUAUUCUUGACAUGAGUAGCAGGAAGUUGAAAUUGGGCACGCUAUUUAUCCAAAAGUGAAAAUUCUGCCCCCUAGCCCCAUAGGCCAUAAAUAAUCUGUAUUUGAUCGCAAACAUCUGUACCAGACUGAGUAGCCCGAUUAGGUUAAACUUAAUUUGUAUUGGAUUUUACAUAUGCUUCUUAAAUCAUCUGUACAUCAUUGUGCAUUAAUUAAUGUCAUGUCUGCUUCAGUUACUUAUAAUGGAAGACAGGCCAAGAUAAAUGAUGACUGAUUUCAAAAUUAUACAUUUGUGUCAAUAUAUGAGUAUUCAUAUAUAUGUAAUUUCAUGUUUACUGUUUAUAUGCUCAUAAUACCUGUAAAAUGACAUGUCCUGAAAACAUUUGUAAAACAAAUUGAAGAUAACAGGUUGAUAUCAAUAUGAAAAUAUUCUUGGAUUUGCAUCGACAAAAAAAUCCCAUAACAAUAUUUCUUCAUUGUCCAUAAUAGCUAGCUUUGUCUAAAUAGCAUUCCUUUAAUGGGCAUCUCAACUGCCUGGUAGAGCAUAUUUUUCAAGAGUUCCUCAAAUUAAUAAAUAAAAACAUAUCAGUAAUUUCAUGACACCAAAAUUAUACUUGAGGUCAGCAACAUUGUACUGUGAUGUCAUAUCCGGUUUUAAACACAAGUAGUACUGAAAAAGUGUGAUCAAUCAGGAUAGGAUUUGCUCACGUUCAUGUCUUCGCUCACCUGCACAUCUAUGAAUGUUUGUGUAAAAAAAUAUAGGAGUCCAAUAAUGAAAACCACAUGAUAAUUGUAAUAAAUGGCAUGAUAAAAUAUGGUAAAUAAAAUGCAUAUGUUUAAUUUCA